AAGGGUCACAUAGAGCCAUCUCCCGUCACGUUUUCUCAUUUCGAAGACCGAAGACCCAUGAUGCCACAGUCGACGAGAGUUGGUCAAGACCUUGUACGAUUGACAUUCUGAAGCAGCGGAGGAGCGGAGGUUCCAUCAACUGUUUGCAACUAUCUGAAGGCGCCUUGUUGGAAGCUCGAGGCUGUAUACUGAUACCGUUGUUACAGGGGCAAGAUUUCGGUUUGAUUCGAUUCAACAAUCAUCAUCGUCAGUCGAUAGGAAGAAUUCAGUAGAAACCAAGACGUCCCCGCCACCAUGUCGAUUGUCGGAAGUGUAGGAAGGCGAAUGAAAGCGCCUUCGCCGCUGAGCAAGAGCAUUAUGAAUGAUCGGUGGGAAGAGGCUCUGACGAUUGCUCGGAAUCAACCGGAGAAGGCCAAGGUUUGGGGAUGGCGACAAGGUUUCUUUGAAGGGCUCAAGGACAGCAAGGUAUUGCCUUUGCAUGAAUGUCUUGUGGGAAACGGCCCUGUUGAGGUUGUCCAUGCUCUCAUAUCAGCGUAUCCCAAGGGAGUCCAACACAAAGAGAGCUCCUACCAACGACUCCCACUCCAUUGUGCAUGUCGGAAAAACGCAAAUCCAAAAGUUGUCCAGCUCCUGUUAGAAGCAGAUGCAGAGGCAUCAUUAGUGGCAGAUUCAUUGGGGAGAUUGCCGCUCCACUAUGCCCUGUCCAAUGGAGCUAACGAUGAGGUUAUUUCUUUGCUGCUAAAGUACCACCCUAAUUCUGCCAGGGGUUGUGAUAAUCGAGGCUGGACACCUCUCCAUGUAGCGUGUGGUAUGGGUGCAUCAACGCAUGUGGUUAAAAUGAUUCUGGAAUCCUAUCCUGAGGCAUGCAUUUUGAAGACGCGAAAGGGGUCACGUCCAAUCAAGUGCGUCAAUCCAAAGGCAGUCAAUAAAGAAGAGGUGAAAGCCUUGCUCCAAACCAAAAAGAGAGAUCUGGAUUCCACAUACCGACCAGCAAAACCUGUCAAGCAAGGGUCAGAGAGGACUUUGGUCUAGGAGGACAACUAAAUUGGGGCUUUCUUCUUGUGUUGUCGACGGUGACAAUUCAAGAAGUUGGCCUGAGCCACUGAAGAAGUAUCAAAGCUCCAUCAAAAUUGAUACUAAGACUGCUUGCUUGGGCUUGCUUGAAAAGUGGGAAGCAAUGAUGGCUGGAAUUUCAUUUGGUUGGUUAUCUUAGCGAGGGUGGGCUCCUUGGCGGCAUAUUCAACAAUCUAUUAUCUGUAGAACUGUAGAACUUAUCCCUACUUUCCGUGCACUGGCAGCGGACAUUCAUUUUAUUCGUAACCUCAAAUUAGAAGCAAACAUCAGCCGAAGGUCCCCUGCGACGGUAGGGCGCCCUCAUCCUUGACUGUUGCAAGAAUCGAAUCUUC